AUGGUGGCGCGAGAGGGCCUCCUCGUGUUUGGUUUAUGUGUAUAUCUCUUCAUCGUUGUGUUUAGGUGUUCUUUGAAGGGAAGGCUCGUAGUGAAGGUUGAGGCGUAUCUAAAGUGGUGGUGCACUAGCCUUUGGUCUCACGAGAUACCUUUGCGUGUUAGAUCCUCCUCUUUCCAGGCCUUGCUCUCCUCGUCGGUGGUGGUGAUCUCUUGCUCUUCGGACGCCUUUCUUCAGUUCUGGGUUCUCGGUAUAGUAUCAUCUGGACUUGAUCUCGGCUUCAAGAAUGAUCGAAUAGAGGUGGUUUUUGUGGUGGAUUUGUGA